GUGUUUGUCACCUCCGAGCAGAAUGGCUGCAGUCACAGAGCUCUCCUUCCUGCUGUUUGCUCUCAGCAACUACAUCCAUGCUACAGAACUGAUCUACAUCAAAAAGGAAGGAUACUCUUACACCUUCAAGCUCCCCAAGAACAGCACCUCCUGCCUGAUCUCCAGAUGUGUUGGUGAGGAGCAGCUUGUCCUGUGGAACACCUCUGACCUCUGGUCCAACAGCUCCUCAGUACCUCAACACCUGAAACAACGACUUGUCAGCUCGGUGAAAACUUCUUCUUACACCAUCCUCAACCUGACCCAUUCAGACUCCGGCCGGUACCGAGAGGAGUGUUGGACUGAGGGCAACGUGACGCAUGACAACAACUUCACUAUUACUGUUUGUACUACAAUGGAUCGGAGAGGUAUCACAAUGAAUCCCACUUUUGUGAGACUUGGAGGAACAGUGGACCUGCCAUGUUUUGGAGCAGCUGAUAAUCUGGAUAUCCGGUGGCUCAAACUGGACUCUAGAUAUGGUAGAACAUGGAACAGAGUUUUUGGGGACAAGACGACAUCAGUGAUGGACAAUGUUAGAGGAAGAUACCAAGUGGUGACAAACACAUCAGCUCUUCGUGUUUCCAACAUCAAAGCAACAGACUUUACAGACUACAUCUGUCUGGUGAUGAACCAACAGCAGUGUGUUAGCAGUCAGCCUUUAAUGUUGCGACUACAGGUUGAGACAAUCUACGGCUCAGUGGGAGAGACCGCUGUGUUGCCGUGCUCUAUCACUGACUCCACUGAUGAACAGCCCCCACGUUGGACUAAACUGUUCUCCACUGACCUAGAACUACACAACCAGACUGUUCCUUCAGUAGACCAAAACUACUCGCUGGUGUUUUCAUCUCUAAUGUUAAAUCACUCAGGUCAGUACAUCUGUAAAGCCUCUAUGAGAUAUCAACAUUAUCAUCUGUAUGUGUGUCCCAAAUUUGGCCCCCCUGCUGUAGAGCUCUUCUCAGAGGGAGAAGAAGUCACUCUCAGAUGCACAGAUUGGAGAAAGGAUAAGGGGCAUGUUUGGUUUAUCAAGUCUAACAGAACAGAGGGAAGAAUCUUUAGUGUAGAGUCUGAUCAGAGAAUGAGCAGAGUGAGCUGGUACCGUGAUAAUGGGAGCCUGGUUAUCUCUAAUAUCUCAGUGGGAGAUGCAGGGGAGUACUGGUGUGUAGUUUAUGAUGAUGAUUAUCAGUGUUUGUCAACAGAGAGAACUGUGUUAGUGUACAUGGAGCCCUUUGGGAUUUACUCCACCUUCUUCAAAGUGCGAUGCUCAGUGCUCAGUGUCCUGCUAGGCUAG